CUCACUUAAUCUUCCUCGAUUUAAAAAUCCUCCCCCUCCUCAUUCCUGUUCCUUGUCAUCGUAUCAUCCCUAUUUGCUGGAUUUUUCCUUUCCACUCUACUUCAUUCUUCUACAUUGUAUCCACUUUACACUUUCCCUCCCACUUCAUCUCACCUUCCUCCUUCAAACUUCUUCUUUGCCUGACAAUCAUUCUUCAUCCACCUGGGUGCCUUGUAUAUUCCUCGUUCAACUGCUCGAUCCUCGCCUCUCCUGCCCCCCCUCGCUUCCUUCCCCCUCUACAGAAGCAAGUAUGGACUGUAGCUGCGUGUCUGACAUCCUCCUGACUCCAUCUAUGCCAGCUCUCUGGACUCCAGGCUUUGCCUUUCCCGACUGGGCCUAUAAGCCGGAAUCCAGCCCAGGUUCCAGACAGAUCCAGCUCUGGCACUUCAUUCUAGAACUUCUUCAGAAAGAGGAGUACCACGAUUUCAUCGCCUGGCAGGGAGACUACGGAGAGUUCGUCAUUAAGGACCCCGAUGAGGUGGCGAGACUGUGGGGCAUCCGCAAGUGCAAGCCGCACAUGAACUACGACAAGCUUAGCCGGGCACUAAGGUACUACUACAACAAGAGAAUUCUGCACAAGACUAAAGGAAAACGUUUCACCUACAAGUUCAACUUUAGUAAAGUCGUCCUGGUGAACUAUCCUCUGCUGGACAUGGCAAACUCCUCACUGCUGCUGGGGCAGGGCCCCUUCCCCGGGACCCACGCCCAUGACCCCUUCACUCCUGAGGCUCUGCAGUCCCUUUUCUCUUCGUCCGGUCGCCCACCACUCUUGGAUCGUCCUCUUUCUGCACCAGACACGGAAAAACUUUGCCUAGAAGCUGCUUUCCCUUUCUUGGGAUCAGGUUCUGGUUACACUAAGCCUCCGACCUUGUUGCCCCCAUACAACCGUAACUCGCCAUUUCCUGAGUACCCGUGGGGAUUUAACCCCUACCUCUCCAGCUCUUUCCCCCUCAGCGGCUCCAAGCUGCCUACCUCCCUCUACCCACCACAUUUCUACCCCAGCUCCCUGUCCCAGAUUCCUCCCCCCAUCUCUCUGAUCCCCGGCGAGUCCUUGGACAGGUCGGCCACCCUCCUUCCAGGAGUGCCAAGGCUCUGCACCGGCCUCACUUCCCAACCUAUACCCCGAAGCGGAGACCUGGCGGGUGCCGGGGGAGCGAGAAGAGACAGAGCUGACCCGCCCGAAGGAAAACAGGAACCGGAUUCUGACUCAGACUUGGAAAUCACAGACGUGAGUGACUGUAGUUCGGAGGCGGAUGGGUGUGCGUACAGCCCUCCCUGCCCCGGGUCUUCUAUCGGAAGAGGCAAGACGGAGGAGGAACGACUGAAACCAGCUACCGCCUCCAAAACCCCACCAGAGAAAACGGCUGCUCCAAAAAGCUAGGCCUGGAGAGGUUCGGGCUCCACAGAAACUAUAUAAAAAUGUACAAAUAUAUAUAAAUAUAUAACUAUAUGGAUAUAUAGGGGGAUAACAGUGUGUUUUGUAACCUCUUCAUCCCAAUAGACACUUGUAUUAUUGCAAAAAGCCACCACUUGGCAGCCAUUUUUGUGUAUAGAUCAGCUUGACCAAGCCAUGAAAUGUAGCGUUUGGUUGCUACUGAAUCUGUUGGCUGCAUUUCAAGAACAAAAUGGCCUCAGGGUGUCAGAAUAAAGAGCCGCGUGUCCAUGGUGUCAUAGCAGUUCGCUCCUCCUACUGUCUUAGUAGAGCUCGUUAUUCUGUGUCGCCCAUGAUAAAUUUGGUGACUUGCCUUAUUUCAUGAAGGCCAGAUGAAGCAUGGUUUCAACCGAUUCGAACUGAUGUAUGAUGAGUGGAACAAAAGAGGAACUAUUACUCAUUAAAACCAAGAAAAAUUGACAAAAAAAAUUAAAAACUACGUCUGGUUGGAUGAUUGGAUAAGUCCAUUAUGAGGUUUUAUUAAAUACAAUAUAAAGGUAUAAAGCCAAUGCCUUGUAUGGCGGUCACGCUGGUGGCCAACUGCUACCAAACCCGUUCUCUGUGUACAAGUCCAGUACACAUUUGUAUUCAUUGUCACCAUACAGUACAAAGCCCUGAUGAAGGGAGAUAUGUGAACCCUUGAAACGCAUUGGAUUUCUAUUGUUACAUUGUAUUUAAAUAAAAAACCCAAACUUGA